AUGGUGGCUUUGGACCAGAAGCAGCCAGAUAUUGCCUGCUGGAAAGGAAGGGCCCUGCACAGCUGUACAGGGCCCACUGUGGUGGAGGUAGAAGAGUGUUCCUCCCAGCAGGCUUCAGGGCAGGCCACAGCAGGCCCUACGAUCCACAGAGACAUGGAGAAGGAGAGUUCAGGGUACAGUGAGGCCCCAGAGAAGCUGGUCCUGUCCUUCUCCAUUGAUGCUAUCCUGAAGAGGCCCACAGAGAGAAGAAAUAUACCAAGACCACAAAGCAUAGGUGGAGAGGACGCUAGGCAGACAGCAACCCCAGGUUCCAAGCUAGAGAGGCUCCCACAGGAUCAGCCCCUAGAAGAAAAAAAGAACAAGCGGAGAGUUCGCACUACCUUCACCACAGAGCAGCUACAGGAACUGGAGAAACUCUUCCACUUCACCCACUACCCCGACAUCCAUGUCCGGACCCAGCUGGCUUCCAGGAUCAACCUGCCCGAAGCUCGAGUACAGAUCUGGUUCCAGAAUCAGCGAGCCAAGUGGAGGAAGCAGGAGAAGACUGGAAGCCUCAGUGCAUUGCAGCAGGCUGGUGAAGCCAGCUUGACCCUGCCCUCAAACAUGGACAUGGCUGGUCCUGUGCUGACACCCAAUGCUCUGCCAAUGUUGGUGCCUCCCACAGGGUGCUACCCACUGUCUCAGCCUCAGCUCACUUCAAACUGGUUCCCUGCCCAGAUCACCCUUGUCCCAUGGCACCCAUGGGAUCUGCAGCCCUUGCCUGGCUCUCUCACUCAGCAGCCUUGUGUCCCUUCCCUCGCCCUGCCACCUCCACACCCCAAGUGGGGCAGCAUCUGUGCCACUUCAACACAGGGACUGGUUGCUUUCUUCCCAAGCAAGCUACUCUCCUCUCCCAGUGAUAGCAGGCAGGCUUGGACCUCAGAGAAAAUCACUCCACGAUCCAUCAAUGGCACACAGCCCAGGAAGCUACCCAGAACUUUGCCACUGAAGACGGCACUGGUGUGA